GUCUGAAGAUGAUCCAUUCCUGCUCUAUGCCACUCUUCACUCAGGAAGUCACUGUAGAUUUGUUACCAGAGAUCUAUUACGUGAUCAUAAGGCUUGUCUCUCUGACAGUCUAACUCGACGGUUGUUCUUUAAAUGGCAGCGGGGACAUCAGUGGUGCUAUCUGACUACAUACCAGGAAAGAGGAUAAAGUUUUGAGUCUGUAUUGAAUUUUGAUACAAUCGUGCAGACCACAGGUAACACAUGGCAUAUUCCCUAUGAUGACAACGUCUUGGAAAGAUCUUCUUAUGAAGUGCCUACAAAAUGGCUUUGCCUUCAACAGAAAUAAAGGAUGCAUUUCUCUGAACAAAAAUGUACACAUGGCACACUGUUGUCUGAAAUAAAGCAGAUACUAUGUACCUAUUAUGGAAUUCAUGUUCUGAUGCAAGAGACCUGCAUUUGAUCGAAUCCCUGAAACUUAUCAACUCAUAUUUUAUUAUUUCUAUAACGUAUUGGAAAUGGUGGAGAAUAUUAUAUAGCAGAUUUUAAAAUAAAAAAAUUAUUUCAUCUUUGAUUUUU